CGAUCAGUAACCUCACUUAUUUUACACACACAUUCACAUAUAACCACCAAACCCUAAUAAUUCUCCAACUUCACAUCUUCAAAGUUAGUUGAAUGGCGAACAAGUUUGUGCAGAGUGAUUCAUCAGAUCAGUUUCCUCUGUUGGCUCUGAAUCAUGUGUCUUUCAUCUGCAAAUCUGUUAGUCGAUCGGUGAAGUUCUACGAGGAUGUGUUGGGAUUUGUUCUCGUUCGACGUCCUUCCUCCUUCGAUUUCCAAGGUGCUUGGUUGUUCAACCAUGGCAUAGGAAUACAUUUACUAGAAAUGGACACAACUCCAACAAAGAAAGCAGUGAUCAAUCCAAAAGAUAACCACAUUUCAUUUCAAUGCACAAACAUGGAUCUCAUAAUCAAGAAACUGGAGCAAUUGGGUAUCAAGUAUGUCACCGCGGUCGUGAAAGAAGGCGGUGUGGAGGUCAACCAGCUCUUCUUUCAUGACCCGGAUGGUUACAUGAUCGAGAUAUGCAACUGUCACAUUCUUCCCAUGCUUCCCAUUAAAAACAUCCCAUCCAUCGAACGAAUCAACCAUUCGGAUACCCCUUUUUACGAGGAAUUGGUGAGGUCAAAGAAGCAGUUUUGUGGUGAGGAUGAGGCACUCAUGAUGGAAAAUUUGGUGGUUGACAUGAUGGGUAUAUCUUUUUGAGGUCACACACGUCUUUUAGUUUCACCAAGAGACCAAUUUUGUCGACAAUUGGUUUGUAAUAAUGUCUUUAUUUAUUUAUUUUAGUUGGAAAAGUGAGUCUUAAUAGUAUGUAUGUGUUGUACAAUAGUGGUCUUUUGGGAAGAAAAAAGAACAGUAUUCGUGUAGCUUUGAGAUUUUAUGAAUCAAAUUGAAGAACUUUGGUAAUAUAAAAAAA